AUGACGACAGCACAGAGGAUCAAGGAGGUCGAGGAGGAGAUGGCCAAGACUCAAAAAAACAAGGCCACCAACUACCAUUUGGGGCAACUGAAAGCCAAGCUCGCCAAAUUACGGCGUGAAUUGAUUGCUCCUCCCGGAGGCGGUGGAGGUGGUGGACCUGGUCUCGGUUUCGAUGUCGCCAGAACAGGGAUAGCGAGUGUCGGCUUCGUCGGUUUCCCGUCGGUGGGGAAAUCCACGCUGAUGUCCAAAUUGACGGGCACACAUUCCGAAGUCGCCAGCUACGAAUUCACCACCCUCACUACUGUUCCUGGUACUCUUCAGCACAACGGCGCCAGAAUACAGGUCCUGGAUUUGCCAGGUAUUAUCGAAGGAGCCAAAGACGGCAAAGGUCGUGGUCGUCAAGUCAUCGCCGUCGCUCGAACGUGCAACCUGAUCUUCAUUGUCCUCGAUGUGCUCAAACCCCUGAACGAUCUCGCUAUUCUCACCAACGAAUUGGAGGGUUUCGGCAUUCGGCUCAACAAGAAGGCGCCGGCGAUUACUGUGAAGCGGAAGGAGACCGGAGGGAUUGCCAUCAGUAACACAGUGCCUCUGACCAAGAUCGACCCGGACGAGAUCCGGGCGGUGUUGUCCGAGUACAGGAUGAACAGCUGCGCGAUCUCGAUACAUCAGCCGGAUGCUACUAUUGAGGAUUUGAUUGAUGUCAUUGAGGGGAACAGAGUCUACGUUCCCGCUAUCUUCGUCCUCAACAAGAUCGACGCAAUCAGCAUCGAGGAGCUGGAUCUUCUGUACAAGAUCCCCAACUCUGUACCCAUCUCAUCUCAGCUCUGGCUCAACAUCGACGAACUCCUCGAAUUUAUGUGGGAAAAGUUGAACCUGGUCAGAAUCUACACCAAGCCUCGAGGUCAGGCACCUGACUACUCGUCACCGGUCGUCUUGCGCCGAGGGAGAUGUACGGUCGAGAACUUCUGUAAUGCUAUCCACAAGGACAUUCUUAAGCAGUUCAAGAAUGCUAUGGUAUGGGGUGUAUCAGCAAAGCAUUCGCGAGGCCAGAAGGUCGGACUCGAGCAUGUUCUUGAAGAUGAGGACAUUAUCUGUAUCUACAAAAAGUAA